AUGACCGAACAAAAGAUUGCGCAGGUUUCUGCUAGUCAGAACCACUCCCCAGGAGCUAGUAUAUUGGAGUCGGAUCAAGAGUCGCAACAUACUCAAGGUUAUGACAAUGGUACUUUUCAAGUCAAAGAGGGAUAUGAGUUCUAUCGUCCAAUUGAUAGCUAUGAGGGAAUACACCGCUGGGAUCCGAAAUUCGAAUGGACACAGGAAGAAGAGAAGAAGAUCGUCCGAAAGAUUGAUGUCCGUGUCUUGACAUUCGCCUGUGUGACAUUCUUUGCACUGCAACUUGAUCGAGGAAAUAUUAGUCAGGCGCUAGCCAGUACUUUUCUGGAAGAUCUGGGAAUGACCAGCAAUGACUAUAACCUGGGCCAGACCAUUUUUCUGGUAUGCUUCCUCCUGGCUGAAAUGCCUUCCCAGUUGAUCUCCAAGAGAUUGGGUCCCGAUCGCUGGAUUCCCAUUCAGAUGGUGGUGUGGAGUAUCAUUGCAGCUUGCCAGGCCUUUCUCAAAGGAAGAGGAUCAUUCUUGGCCACGCGUGCUUUGCUAGGUCUUCUGGAGGGUGGCUUUAUUCCCGACACGGUUCUCUUCUUGUCUUUUUUUUACAAAUCCAACGAACUGCCAAAACGACUGACUUGUUUCUGGAUCUCGGACACUCUGACUGGAAUUGUUGGUGCAUUUUUGGCCUUUGGGUUCCUUCAUGUCACAAAUGCCGACGGCACUGGCUCGUGGCGAUACCUUUUUGCGUUUGAGGGCCUUAUAACGGGAGCUAUCGGAAUUAUUGCGGUAUUCUGGAUGCCUGCCUCCCCAGUUCAGACCAAAGGAGGAUUGCGUGGAAAAGAUGGGUGGUUUACGGAACACGAAGAAAAGAUCAUCGUUAAUCGCGUUAUUCGCGAUGAUCCUAGCAAGGGAACUAUGCAUAACCGGCAAGCUGUCACGCCGAAAUUAUUGUGGCAGUCGUUACAAGACUACCACAUGUGGCCAAUUUAUUUUCUCGGAGUGAUCUGGUUGAUUCCCUCGACGCCGGCUACAAACUAUCUCACGUUACAAUUGAAAGAGGUGGGAUUCGGGACGUUCGAAACAAGUUUGUUAACAAUUCCGGCUGCUGUCGUUUCCAUCAUUACGCUCGCCACUAUUACAUGGAUUGCGGAGCGAACAGAUCAGCGCUUACUUUCUGGCGCCGCGGUUGAAUUGUGGAAUCUUGCUCUUCUGAUCGCAUUAGAAGUUCUACCUGCGAAGACGCUACCCUGGCCUAGAUUCGCAAUUCUAACUCUUCUUGUCGGAAGUCCUAGUAUACACCCGGUCCUUGUUGCUUUGACAUCACGAAAUGCGGGCUCUGUGCGAACUCGCACUACUGCCACUGCCUUGUAUAACAUGUCUGUGCAAAUCAGUGCCAUUGCUAGUGCUAAUGUCUAUCAAAUCGAUGAUAAGCCAUACUACAAACGUGGAAACAAAAUAUUGAUCGCACUUGCUGUGAUUAGUCUGUUUUCGUUCGUUGGGUCGAAGGUAUACUAUGACCGAUGUAACAGACGUAAUGCAGAGAGAUGGAACGCAAUGACUAGCGAGCAGAGAAAAGAUUAUCUACGUGAACAUCCGACAAUGAAUAACAAGAGGUUGAACAUUCAACUCCAAUUAAGAUUGAUGAGCUAA